AUGAUUCCAGUGCUGCGACAUUCUCCGAAUCGAAAGGCCGUAGAACCAUAUAUUAAGAGAGCCCUUGAAAGAGGACGACACUCAAGCCAUGGUAUAAGAGUCGAUGAUAAGAAGCAUGAGGUGGUGGCAAAUUCGGACAAAUCAGGUUUGGGAGUUCUUUUUUUGGAAGCCCCAUUCAUUCUGUUGCCAGAGUAUGAAAUGCUCAAUUUGAUUGAGUUAGGAAAGGCUUGCGCCUAUUGUGGAACUGUAUUGAAGGUCGAUGACUUGGGGAAGUUGCGAGACGAUAAAGCUCAUGUCAGACAUCGUUCAAAAUAUUCUAAAAUGGAAAGAUUUAUCAAGGGACUUGACUGUGAUCGUUGCUCUUUACGUUGGUGCUGUCAGAAAUGUAAAGAUGCAGAUUUUAAGCAUAAUCUCUUACAUCAUCUACCAGAUAACAAAACAGGCACCCACAAUUUUGUGGAUAGUGCUUCAAAGAAGAAGGAUGUAUUUUUGUACGGCAAUUGGACACAACUUCGUAGUUUGAUCCUUGAAGAUGACCUUGAAAUUUGUUACUAUGGAAUUAUGGCCAUCUUGCAAGUUUACUACGACGAUAAGUUGAUGAAGCCGUUCGAAAGUUUGACUUUUUGUGACGACAUCGAACUGGCUGAGUCAUUUUUAAGCUCCGGUAAUGAAACUGUCACAAAGGAGGCCCUACAUAAGAGUUACCAGCUGUUAUGUGACUGUUUCAAGAAGUUGGAUCUAUCUUAUGAUCGCUACUUAAAAUAUUUAACCAUCUACAAGCUGAAUAAUUUUGGUGGAUGCAUUUAUCUGAUUACAUCUACAUUGGGACGGGUUGCGGAAAACGGAAAUGCCAACUGUCGAAUAGAAUACUACGACGAACAGGAUUGUUCUGCAACGGAAACAGUGAUUGACUCGUUCCGAGUUAAGCCCGUAUCGGAGAAUUCGGUUGAACUUAUCAAGGAGAGUUUUGUGGAGGCCGAGAAUAAAACGCCAAUCUACGUGACUGACAAUAGAAGCAAUAAAAAGAUCCUUAAAGUGCUGAAUGUGACUCGAUUGAAGGCUAACGAGCCGUUGACUAUUAAAGACGUGGAUUAUUCUCUCCCUACAGACUCGGAAGAUGAGUUUGCUGUUUUGUCAUUAGAUUUGGACAACGAGGAACAGAGAAGGAUGCGAAUGAUCCAAAGUAGGCAUAGAUUCUCCACUUCGGCCCUUUUACAGCCGGCUAAAAAUUCCAAAAUGCGUACAGCAUCGUUCACUUCCUCGGGAAGCUCGUUUGGUGAAGGUAUUAUCAAAUACAAUCGGGCCCAGAUCCGUGAAAUGCUUCAGCAGCUUACUUUAGAGGAGGGUAUUCAAGAAGAGUCCGAAGCAGAUGACAAUUUCAUGCUCGAGGUUCCAUCUACGUUCGGUAAGGGAAGGAAGACGGUUAGAUUUGGACACGACGCAACCAAUCUAUAA